AUGAUUGAAUUUUUAAGGAAGAAGGGGAAGUCAGAGAAUAAAUAUGAUUUUGAAUCAAGAAUAUUUUUAUCCUUGGAUUUGUGUAGAAAAUUUAUAUACCAUUUUGUUUUGAUUUUUUUUUAAGAAUGCCCUACCUUGUAAUUUUUAUGUUUAUCAAUUAUCAGCCUAUCUUAAUGCUUGAUUAUUAGCAAAUAUGAAGAAAGUUCGAUUUUGGAUAAAAUAAUUUCAAUACUAAAUGAAGGAACUAUAGCUAUGUUUAGCUUAACCUGCUUUCCUUAUAAUGAUAUAAAUAGGAUAUACUUUUCUAAUGAAACUAUCAAAAGUACAGGAUUUAUACAUAUGGGCCUUCUAUUAUUAAAUUUGAUGAAUGUGCUUUUUAAAUAAUUGUUAAUAAAAUUGUAGUUUAUUUUAAAGGGCUUGUAUGCAAGAAAAUAACCAGAACAAAUAAAGAAUAUAAUUCUAAAUUUUUGA